UCCAGGCAGAUGCAAGAUAUGCGGCGUUGCAGUGAACGUUAAAACACCACCCCGGAUACUGACCUGCCUCAGAGUAUAAGAGUCUCACACACACACACACAGCUCAGCACUUAAGUAAAUCUGACAUACAUACACACAUCAUGUACUUGCGUUUAGUCUACACGUGUGUGUGUCUGUCUGUGUGCGUGAGUGUCACAUACGGCCUACGAGCGAGCCGGAGGGAUGAGAGACAGAAGAGCCGCGCUGUGGCAGCAACAGCUGGAUUUAACACACCUGUACAUCCAGCGCCUAGUGCUCAGUGCCUGGUGAACGGGAUCUUCCUCUUUGAGGGAGCUGUUUGGUCUCCAGAUGCGUGUAACAUGUGCCAGUGUAGAAACGGUGCAGUUCAGUGCCAUGGAGUGCCCUGCCUGGAUAUAGCUUUACCUGCCUCGAGGCUUCAGGAUGGCCACCAGAAACCAGCCCGUGGAGUGAAGCUGGUGAAAACGAGUGGACAGAAGAAAGUCUAUCCACAGACUGGAAAGAAGAAAGCAUCACAGGGAAAGGUCAUCGUGAAGGUCAAGCCGGAGACAGCACGAAAAAGACCAGUUAAAGCUGUAAAUCCUCCACCUGCACAGAAGAAGCAUGCACCACCACCACCACCACCACCACCACGACCGAAGAUGAAACAGCAAGCACCUGAAGUAGGAAUUGGGAAUUUUCCAGUGGCCGCUCGUCAGGACACGUUCCCAGAUCUAUUUGACUACGAUGACCACGACGAUGACGACUAUCUGGAAGACGAUAGUGAUGCUGACGAGGAUGACGAUGAUGUCCCAGUCUUACGUAACAGCCGCACCAAAAGUUCAUCAGUCAGCAGAAAUGCUGCGUCUCUCGCCCGGAAGCCGGCGAUAUCUGUAUUGCAAAGGCCCCUCCCUCCUCCCACAAAGCAACCCAGACUUUUAGCACCUAGUGGAGGUGUUAGAGCUGGAGGGGGUGUGGUUAGAGGCAGAGGGGGCGGGGCCAAUGUUGUGGGUCGUCCUGUUAUCCGUCCUUCCACUUAUAUGGCGUCCCUCCCGGCAGGAUGUCUGCUGUCUGACGCUCUGAUCGCAUGCGGCAGCACCGGAUUAACCAGCCUGCCUCUCAUCAAAGAUGCCGGCAUCCGAACCCUUUACCUGGCAGAUAAUAAGAUCAGUAAGAUCCCCAUGAGAGCGCUGCAUGGACUGCCCAAUCUACAGUGGCUCGACUUGAGCAAGAACAAACUGGAUGACACCUCACUGGGGCUGGACGUGUUCCGGAAUCUGACCAAACUGCGUCGUCUGAAUCUGGACGGGAACAAUCUGACCAAAAUCCCCCCGCUGCCGCCUUCACUGCUGGAGCUGAAGAUCAACGACAACAAACUGAGCGGACUCACACCUCACAGCUUUAAAGGUCUGUCCCAGCUGCUCACUCUGGAGCUGGAGGACAAUCAUUUCCAUGAUGGGAACGUCUCCCCGCUGGCGUUCAGGCACCUCAAGAAACUCAUUUACCUCAGACUGGAUGAUAACGACUUCAGAGCCAUUCCCUCCGGCCUGCCUGCAUCACUAAAGGAGCUGCAUCUGUCAGAUAACCGGAUUGAAGUGGUUCACGCUGGACUCCUCAAUAAGACAGUGAACCUGCGAAUCCUAAAUCUGAGCCAUAAUAAAAUCCGAGAGGACCGAAUCGCACCGAGAGCGUGGAUACACUUACGUAAGUUGGAGACGUUGGAUCUGUCCCAUAAUAAACUGGUCCACGUCCCGUCCUUCCUGCCGGUCGGUCUCGUCCAGCUCACGCUGCACCACAAUCAGAUCGAGAGGAUCCCGGGAUACGUGUUCGCUCACAUGCAGCCCGGCCUCGUCUCCAUCCACCUGUCAUACAACCGCCUGAGGGAGGACGGCAUCAACGAGGUGUCCUUCCUCGGCCUCCAGCACUCCCUGAACGAGCUGCUGCUGGACCACAACCAGCUUCGAGAGAUUCCACGAGGGAUAGUCCAACUCCGCGCCCUCCACGUCCUCCGCCUCAACCACAACUACAUCAGUUCGGUACCUGUGAACGCUCUGUGUGACAUCACCGCCCGUGACGACUCCCCUCUGCUCUCCGUUCACCUGCAGAAUAACCUGAUUGAUCGGCGUUUAGUCCCGCCCACUGCACUCACCUGUAUUAAAGAGUACAGCAGCGUGAUCCUGCAUCCUCAGAGACAUGAACAGGUCUACGAGUGAACACACACUCACAUUCGGUUCUUAUCCAAAAUAUAUUCACAUACGGAACCGAGGAACAGGUGACAACAGGACCUAGGGGGCGGGGUCAUUUCAUCACCAUGACAACAAUUCAGACAUCUCAAGUUAUUUACAUGACAAUAGUAAUGCAAUUUUUAUUUUUUAAGUAUGUUUCGUGGUGAGUACAAAAUCGCAGCGUGCUUAUGCUUAUGAUCAAGACUGAGAAAGCUCAUUUUUAUUUUACUAACCUGUUUAAAGUGUACACAGGAUUUUAGCUGGAUUCCAGUUUUCACUUAAAAAUGUAUCAAGCUAUACCAGUGAGACAGAAGACGAGUAAACGUGUUAAUCUGAUUAUAACAAAAAGCUUAUUUUUUAAAGAAACACAUUUCACUGAGAAUAAUUUUGUGAUAACACACACAACAGACUUUCACAGAUCAGUGUAACAAAUAUUGUUAUUUUAUAGAAUCAUUUUUAAAAACAUGUGUAUGACAAGUGCAUAUUUUUGCAUAGCUUAAUGAAUAAAAUUUUAAGUCAGAAUUACUAAAAAAAAACGUUAAGUCAAAACUAGUAUGAUGUGAGUGAUGUGUGUGAGAUGACUCAUGUAAAGUCUGAGAAAAAUGGCGAAAAUAAUUUUUAAAGAAUGUUAUUUCAACACAAUCCAAGGGUAAUGACUAUUCCUUAGGGUCAUCUAAAGUUUUUAUUAUUUAGUGGGGUUAUUUACAUAUUUAAAGUUAUUAGAAAUUAAAUAAGGCUGCUUUAAAAGUCACAGGCUGUCAGAAAAAAUUUUUUUGCACAUAUAUACUAAAUAACAAUGUGAUUGGAUAAGUGAAUAAUACAACCUAUGUGUAUGUGAAACUCCACAGUGAAUUUUUGUUUUUCAAUGCUUCACUUUCCUAAUUACAUUAAAGCGCUAAACCUCCCUGUUUCAUAGCAAACGCUUUCAUUCGUUUAUUCUAACCUGUGGUUUAUAACCAUGUUUAAAGGUUCUAAUAUGAGAAUACUGUAUAUUACAAAUAUUAUUCAGAUCUUUGCAGUUAUAGACUGUGUGUGUGUGUGUGUGUGUUUAUGCGUAUAAUGUUCAGUAUUAUCUUCUUUAAUUGUGUGCUAAUGUAAAGCAGUUAUGUUAGUUUAUCUGCAUUCCGCUUUAACAUUCCCAAUUCGGCAUUUAGAAUAAAUCACCCACGUGUCACACACAGCACAGGCUUGGCUAUGUGUGUGUGUGUGUGUGGGGUGUGUGUGUUUUUGUUUGUGUACUACAGUCUGUUCUUACAGUUUACUAAAUAAAGUUUCAGACAUUUCCA